CGAGCCUCCUCAUCGUCGAAGAAGACUGAGAAGAUUACAACGCGACGGCUUCCUCUGCUACAUCCAUGGCGACGGCCAAGGCCACCAGCUAGGCUCACCACUGCAUGUGGUCCUCAUAUCGAAGAAGGGAUGAAGAAGCCAUUGGUCCUCCUCACCAUUGCCGCUUCAUGUCGUUCAUUCUCCAAUCUCCUGCUGCCGAGUUCCCAGAUCCGUCGCCUGACCUCCCUACCACGAGACCCAUAUCUCCAAUGAAAUCCCUCCACCAAACCCAAACCUUUCUUGUCUCUUCUGUCUUCUGGUCACCCCUGCCUCCUCCUUCCAUAUUCCCUCUUUCUCCUCGCCAACUGCAGAUGUCCAAUCGGAAAUCCCUACAUCUCGUUAGAGCUGCUACAAUGAUUGAUGGUGGGCACAAUGUUGAUUGCUCAAGGAAAAUGGGGUGGUGUCCUUGCUCCCUUUGAUAUGCUUACUUACUAGACGUUUUGGGAUUUCUAGGGUUUGCUUUAUAGGAUCUACAAAUACUAUUUGCAAUGGGAGGCGAGGCUGCUGAUGAUGUUUAGAUGUUUGCUAAAGGUAUUGUCGGAAAGGAGGAAUUCCAUUGUUGUUGAAU